AUUUCGGACAUAUUCUACUGUGCAAAUAAAAUAAAAAAGUAUUUGCAUACUUUGUUCUACGAGAGAAAGAACUAAAUAAACGCCAAGUUCUUUUUGAAUUCUCAUGAAAACGCAUGUGCGUAUCCAUAGAUUAUAGAGUUUAUAGAAUAGAACAGAUAUGCACAGAAAAAGCGGAAACUGCUCAUCUAGUAGUGCAAUCGAUGCAAUUUCUCGUGAAGCUGUGACUGUACAUAAGAAUACAUAAAAAUUUGGAGUGAAAAAAUGGCAGUUCAUAAGGGUGUACUAAAUACAUUAAAUACUGCAACAGAUCCACCAUUUUCUUCAUCACCAUUACGAAGAAAAUCUACUUUCCCACGAAAAUCAGUUUGCGAUCCUACUUUAUUAGAAAAUGAUGAUGAAGCAGAACGUUUAGCUCAUCGUAGACGACUUAGUGACGCUUCUUCAAUAAGUACUUCAAACCACAAUGACAAAAGACGUUCUUCAGGAUUUGGUUUUAUAGUACAUAUGCCAGCUGAUCAGAUGGCAGAACGUAUAUCUCAAUGCAUAAAACUUGGUGCAGAGAAUAAAAUUAAUCCAAAGAAUGCAUUCAGCUUAGAGAUGAUUGAUUUCAUGACAUACAUGAUCAAGAAACAAGAUGCCAACAUGUCGAAUUUACAAGUAGCUAGUACAUCUUUAGAUGUAAGUGCUAAAAUUUAUGGAUUUCGUGUUGAUGGUGUUCAUAUGGAUAUACUUAAAAUGAUGGGUGGAUUAGGACAACAAGAAAAGGAUAAUAAUAGUCAGGAUAAUGCAUUAAAUGAUUCUCAAGAGGCAUCCACAAAUAAUCAAACAGAAAACUUGGAAAAAAGAAUAAAGAAAAAAAAGAAACAGCAGAUAUUUGGUACUGCAGAAGCUUUAAAGACCAGCAUUGAAACAGAAAAACCUUCUUUAAUAUCUAUGGAAGCAGAUUUACAAACGACAGAUAUGUUAUAUCAAGUAAUGUUACCAAACCAUGCAACUUCCCAAUUUUAUCCACAUCCAUAUAAUGAUAUUUUGGUAGACAAAGUAGACUCUAAAGAUGUACAAAAUAAGGAUUCAGUAUGCAAUAUUCCAAAAGUAACAGACUUUUCGAACAUGGAGAUUUGUCCUCCUUUAUGUUACUUUAAUUUUCAAAGUUGGAAUGCAGAUGAUGAAGAACUAGAUGAAGUUCAAUCAGAAAAAGAUAAUGAAGGUAGAUUUCAGUUUGAUUUAGAUGCUUCCAUACCAUCCGACAACGAAAACGAUCCUCACAAUACAAGUUGUUUUCAUACUGAUGAGUAUAUAGAAGAAAAUGUAGACAGAUGUGUUGCAGUAUCUAAACCAGUAACAAAAAUUGUAGAUUUUUAUCAGGUUUUAUCCAAACAAACAAAAUCGUCAGAAACAUCUGAAUAUUCAUAUAUUCAACAAAAUUUAAAUAUACAUUGGGCAGGCCCAUCUCACUGGAAAUUUACGAACUUCAGAAAAUUAACAUCUAAUAGUAAUGUAAUUGAAACAUGCCGUCAAGCACCAGUGAAGAAAAGAAAGGAAAUAGAAUUAAAUUACGAUAAUCAAACUAUUGAAGCGCUAAAGAAUAAAUAUAUUUUAACUGAUGUAGGCAAAAUUAUUAGUAAAGCUAUUAGAACAGAGUGGAAUGAAGAAGUAUUAACAUUACCUCUAGAUCAACAUUAUGAUAUCACAAAAGUUAAUAAAUUAUAUCUUCAUCCUCUAAUAUUCAAAGAACCAGAAAAUAAAAAACAAACAAAUACUGGUUCCUUGACUGAUAAUGUACAUAGUUAUGAUGAUAACAAUGACAUGUUCCAUUCCAAUAUGAAUAAUGAUGACUUUCACGAAAAUGAAAACUUCACAGCUGAAGACGAGGGAGUGUUUGAAACACAAGUGCCUUUUACUGGAGAAAAUCUAGUUGCUGCACCAAAAUUAACAAAUAAGUUAUCUAUUGCAUAUUGUGUGCGGGCAAAGAAGGUUGAUAUGAAACAAUUAAAAAAAUCUAUUUGGACAUGUUUAAUCAAUAACAGACAUGACAGUACAAAAGAAACAGAAAAAAGAGAAUCAAUUAAUAAAAUGAAUGAAAAAAAAUGCUUCAGUCAGAUAUAUAAAACUUUACCGAAUUUGUUAACAAAAACUAAUAAUGAGUCAUUGAGUUUUCCAAUUUCUUUUGUAUCUUUAUUACAUCUGGCAAAUGAAAAGGUAUUAAAAAUAACUUCGUCUUCUGACUUAGCAGACCUUAUUGUAGAGCAGGACUAGGUAUAUUUAUAAAAGUACAAAGUUCUUGUACAUGAAAAUAUUUUGUUACUAAUGUAUAAUUGUAAAAA